AUGAAAAAUAGCACAUCUUAAAAAGGAGUUACGAAUGCAUUUUAAUAAAUAGUGUUGUCGGCAAAAUAAAAGGAAGAUCAAGAACGUCGAAAUAUGAGUAUUUUAGAAAAGGCAGCUACUCUUUGGUAAAGAGAUAGUUCUCAUACUAAAACUAUAUAAUUAUAAAGAACUAUCUAUAUUUUGAAAUAAUACUCAUAAAAUAGAACAGAUGAAUAAUUAGAUGCAGUUAAAAUGUAUUUUGAAGAAAACUUUUCAUAUUAUAGGUAUGAACACAAUUAAAUUAGUUUAGUAAAUUCAAAGAGAAAUUAGAUUAAGAAAGUUGUAAAUCACUUUUUAGAGAAAUGACAUUAGAAUGGUAUGAUAGUACAAAAAUCAUAUUCAGACAUGGUGAUCCUGGAAGAAGAAUGUAUUUCGUAUUACAAGGUGAAUUAGUUAUAUUGAUUCCUAAAACUAAAAAUACUUCAGAAAAUUAACCUUUAAAGAAAUAAAAAUUUAAGUAUUAUCUCAUUUUCUAAUUAAGUUCUUUUGAAGAAUGGGUAAAAUAUGUUUUUGCUGAUUACACAUAAGUUGCAACCAAAAUGGAAGGAGAUUAAUUUGGUGAAAUAGCUAUAGAAUAAAAAGUCACAAGAACAGCUACAGUUGCUGCUAAAACUGAAGUUAUUUUAGCUGUUAUUACAUAUGAUCUCUAUUAAAGAAUACUUGGAGCAUUUUAACAUGAACUAACCAAUUAAAAAAUUGCAUUCAUUACUAAAAUACCUAUAUUUAGUGUUUGGCAAAGAUAAAAUUAAUUAGUUCUCUUAUAAAGUCUUGAAGUCUAAAAUAAAAAAGUUGGAUAAUUUAUUUUUAAAAAAGGAAAUAUUGAUGAAUUUAUUUAUUUAGUUAUUAAUGGAGAAAUUGAAGUUAUACAAUGGUCUAAUCAUAAGAAAGACUAAUUAUCUAAUCAUCAUAAUUUUGUCUCUAAACCUAGUAUUAUGGCCAUUAUCAAUUCUGGAUAGUUUUUUGGGGAUUUUGAACAUUUCAAAUAAUUCAAUCAUAGAAUUACUACUGCUAAAGCUAAAACUGAUUCUACCUAUUAUAGAAUCAAAUAUCGAUAAUUAUUAGAUUAUUUUUAACUUUAUUCUUCUAUAGAUGAUUUUCUUAAAUAUCAAAAUCUUAAAUUCUAAAUCCAAAGUCAUCUUGGAUAAAGGACUAAUGAAAAUACUAAUAUUGCUCAUCAAACUGAAGAAUAAACCUAUCAAUUUGAUUUAGAUUAAAUCAAAUCAUCUUAUUAUAAAAAAAUUAAAGUUGAAUAAUAAAUUGACAAAUUGAGAAAAAAAAUGGAAAAAACUGUCGAAUAAGCUUAAAAGGCAAUUUAUUACUAUGAAAUUGAAAAUCUAAAAUAAAGUAUUGAAAAUAUUGAAACAAUACAAGCUGAUAAAUAUUCUUUUUUAGUCCCUUUCAGAAGUGAUCCAUAUGUUAAUGAAAUGAAUCUAAUCAGAUCUGAAACAAGAAAUUAAAGAAAUAGACUUUUAUUCUAAUCAGAAAACGAACUUAAAAGUAAGGAUUUGUAAUUUAGUCUAAGAUCCAGUAUUAAAACUUAAGGACAAACAAGAUCAUAAAGUUAAUCUAAUUUUAAUUCACUAACAUAUGCGAAGAUCAUGUAGAAUAAACUAAAGAAGCUCUCAAUUAAUGUUUAACCUACAAUUGAAAUCACUAAACCUUUGUUCACUUUAACUAAGACUACUAAACCUGACCAUCAUUAAACAAAUGUAGAAAGCAUACAUAAUGUAAGAGUAGAUUUUACCCCUAUAUCUAAUUCAUAAUUGUUAACAAGAAAAAAACAUUAAGGAAGUGUAUAUAAGUUCUAAAUUAAAUCAUCAUACUGA